GACAUUUGGUGUUGCAGGGCCAGCACGAAAGGACGGGAUCUCGCGACUGGGGAGCGCGGGCAGCCCUGGGAGGGAGGGCUGAGGAGGACCCCGCCCGCUGGGCGUUAGAAGGAGGAGACGGAGGGCGACAGCGUAAGGGAAAACUUGGGUGGUGCGGGAGUGUAAGAGGGAGUGUAAGGGGACCGCGGUGCACACCGGUAGGAACGGGGUGACAGAUGCUAGAGGCCCGUAGGAGUCCUGGAAGCGUGCAGAAGUGGUAAAGUUGGCAAGUCCAGCAUCUGGCACAUAGUAGGGCAUGGAAGACCCGACCCCCCAGCCCCUUGUCCAGACCGUGUGUGUUAAGGAGUAGAGGGUGUGUGUGUGUCAUGGAUUAGCAAAGACUGGGGGACGCAGGGAGGUCCUCUGGUCACCACAGCCCCUUAGCUUCUCCCUGGUUUCACUUAAUGCAGGUCUUCCUCCUGUAGCUACUCCUCUCGAUUCAAGGAUGCCUAUGGCUUUAUUUUCAUCAACGGAGGCUCCUUCUAUCCUCAGUGAAUACUCUUCCCUUGAGUUUCCUCCUCCAACUCUUCCUCCUCCUUCAUGCUCAUUUCCUGCCCUGGUUCCAGGCCAGUACCUGCUCAGUGCCUAGAGGGCAUAACAUCCACCUACAUAUACAAUGUGAUAUGUGGAGAAGGAAUGGAGAAGCCUGAUGACGCCUGUAAGUCAAAGGCACUAACUCCCACUUGGUUUAUAGCUAUCCUAAGUGCCUGCAGGUCUUCAAAAUGCUGUCAGGAGUGCCUGGGUGGCUCAGUGGUUCAGUGUCUGCCUUUGGCUUAGGUGAUGAUCCCUGGGGUCCUGGGAUUGAGCCUUGCUCAGCAGCGAAUCUGCUCCUCCUUCUGCCUCUGCUACUUCUCCUGCUUGUGUGCUCUUUCUUUUUCUCUCUCAAGUGGGUGGAAUCUUAAAAAUACAUACAGAAAAAAAGAAUACUUUGUCUCAAGGCUCACGGCCUGUCCCACUUGGAUGUCUGGCACUGCAUCUGGAGGCCUUCAAGCAAUCUAGCAGUCUGCCAGCACCAGCCAGUCCAGCGCUGGGCUUCCUGAAUGUGUUCCUUCUGCCCCUGAGGUGGUUAAGAUUACCAGGGAGCUGGCUCAGCACAUCCUGGUGCAUUAGCGCCAACUAAGUCUAUCACUGAUAGACUGAUGCCCAUGGCAAACAGCGUGCUGGGAAUCUUCCUACAGCUCUCCGAUGUGGAGCUUGAAAGAUGUCAUUUGCAGAGCUUGGCUCUGGCAUGUCUCAUGGACAAAGCAGCACCCUUUUCUGAGCUGCUCUCUCCCAGAAUGAAUGCUUUCCAACUUCGAGGCAUGCUGGAGGCCUGUGUGUGGCAGGGAAAGUGGGAGAGGGUAAUGAAAAAGAUGUCCUCAAAAAAAAAAAAAAAAAAAAAAAAGAAAAAGAUGUCCUCACCUCCUAAGAUGAUUAGGGAUCUUUUCCCUGAAGCCUCACCCAAAAGGCAGGGACCCUGGAUGUUGACUGUGCACUGGGUGGGAUUUAUGACUGGGGCAUUCACUCUUUGGCUUCAGGCAACCCUCUGUAAACCAGGAAUGAGUUCUCUCCUCCCUGUCAGCACCAGAUAGUAAUGAUUCGCCAAACCUGCUAAGACAUCUUUCUUCUUGCCUUGUUCUUCCUUCGUCUGUGUCUCCAUGCUCAGGCUGUCACUUACUGACUGACUGCCAUGGGGUGCUCCUCCACACUUCCUACUGUGGCUGUAGUAAGCAGCUCAGGAUGAUGCAAAGGGAGAUGAGCCAACACCUACCUGGGCUUCUCCAGGUGCUAGCUAUACAAGCGUGCUUAACCUGGGCCAGCAGGUGUCUCUCACUUAGGAUUCUGGCCAGAAGUGUGCGACCCCUGUGGGAAGUACUUCAAGCCUCCAGCAGCUGGUCAACCCACGUGGGGGCGCCUGCCCCUGCUCCCUUGGCCCAGCAGGUCCUGGCUGGCUAUGGGGGUGCAGACCAGGACUUCUGGCGUACUCUAGAUCUGGGUAUCAUUUCCCUCAGCUACUCCAGCUGGACAGUACCCGCCCUGACCAGCCAUGUAGUCCAGGGCCAUUGACCGCCUCUCUCUGGCCUUGCCUUUCCCAUCGGCUCAGGGGCAUCCCCCGCCCUAUUUUCUGGCGGUCUGAUGCUUGACGUGUCAAGGCCUGGGUUUCCUCCGCUGUUGCAGGGCAAAAUCAUUCCGGCCCUCUGUUUUUGCUGGCAACCAAUAGAGACAUGGCCAGCCCCUCUGAUUUCGGUCGCUGGCUGUCCCCGUGUGACGCCGGAACCGUUGUUUGGGGGUUUUCGUGUCCCCCCCGGGUGGAUUCCGGAGCCGCGUUGGCCACAGUAGCGGAGCGGGGCGCUGCGCGGGGAACUAUCCCGUCUGCCUCCGGCGGGCUCGGAAUCCCGAGCUGACGCCCCAGAUGCUGCUGCUGCCGCCUCGGCCACCCCACCCUCGGUCCUCCUCCCCAGAGGCCAUGGACCCACCGCCCCCCAAGGCUCCCCCUUUCCCCAAGACGGAAGGCCCUCCCUCCACGCCGUCCUCGGCGGCAGGGCCGCGCCCCCCGCGGCUGGGCCGCCACCUGCUCAUCGAUGCCAACGGGGUCCCCUACACGUACACGGUGCAGCUGGAGGAGGAGCCCCGGGGCCCGCCGCAGCGCGAGGCGGCGCCGGGAGAGCCGGGCCCGCGCAAGGGCUACAGCUGCCCAGAGUGUGCACGUGUCUUCGCCAGCCCUCUGCGGCUGCAGAGCCACCGCGUGUCGCACUCGGACCUCAAGCCCUUCACGUGCGGCGCCUGCGGCAAAGCCUUCAAGCGCUCCAGCCACCUGUCGCGGCACCGCGCCACGCACCGCGCCCGGGCAGGCCCGCCGCACACCUGCCCUCUGUGCCCGCGCCGCUUCCAGGACGCCGCCGAGCUGGCGCAGCACGUGCGCCUGCACUGAAUCCCGGACCGUCGGGGCCCCGCGGGCCACACGGCGGAUCCCCCAAGCGCCCCCGCCUCCCCGCGGCCACUGCCUUACCCGGGGCCUGGGUGUCUCCGUCCGCCCCGGGGACAGACACCAUUCCUUCCUUACCUACCCGCCUAGCUGCGUGAUCCCCUCCCUAGCCCGGCUGUGCUGUGCGAGCCUUUGCUGGUGACACAACCUCUCCCGGCCUCGGUCUUCUCAGUGGCGACCGGGUGUGCGCACGGAAGACUUGACAAAGAGCACGGCACGGUCUGGCUCGUUUCUGUAUCUCCCACUUUCCAUUCACCCCUUCUCCCCUUACUCAAUAAACAUUCCGCACUCCA